GAAAUUGCCCGAAACUAAUAGAAUAAAAUAAACCAUUGUUUUGAGAACAUGGACGCAUACCAACUAAGACGCCAAAAUAGUGUGGUAGGUUUAGUCAAAGUGGAAUACGAAUCAAACAACGAAAGUGAUGACCGAAUAAUCAAAGAUAUUGAAAUAGAAGAAAAAAAAGUUAUAAAAAAACAAACUUGGGUAGAACCCGAUGUAAGUGCUAUAAUUGGGAAAAAAUCUGUAAAAAAGCCUAGGUUAAAUGGACACAAUUUUACGCGAUGUCAUUCUGACUCAAUACAACAAAGGCAUCAAGAUGCAGAGCCCGAAAACAGAAAGAUACGGCAUAAAAAAUCAACCAUCGAAAUGAGCGAAGACGAAACACUUUUAUUUAUAUCGCUUAUCAGGGCCCACAAAUGUUUGUGGUGCCGAGAGGAAACAAAAUAUAAGGAUAGGCAUGCGCAAGAAAACGCAUGGAACAUCGUUGCUAGGACCCUGGAUCGACCAAAAGCAUGUUUACAAGAGAAGUGGACUUCAUUGCGCAGUGCGCUUAGGGUUUACAAAAAAAAAGUGAGAGAAAGUAAACUUAAUGCAUCAAAUAGCAACGAAAUUUACAAACCACAAUGGUUUGCAUACGAUGCGUUAAGUUUUAUGACACCUGGUGAUGAACGCACCAUAUCCACGGAAGAGUUUCAACAAUUAUCGACUGAAAGUGAUUCAUUCUAUUAUGGAGGGCUUAAUACGGUCAACCCAUCCAGCACAAUAACCACAACACGAUCAACAAUCCAUCCUACUAGAUCAAACAUCCUUGCAUCAGCUGAAUCAAAAGAAUUAGAUGCUAGCCAACUCGUGCACACUAUUGCAGGACGAUCUACCUUAAAUCCUGUUCUAUCAGUACGUAAUUUUGCACAGUCUGCACCGACCAGCGCUUCGUUUCCAAUUACCUGUACUUCCUCAUGCAGUGACUCUAAUAUAUCCGGACAAGAUAACGAUAAAAUUAAAAUAAUGCAGGCAUUCAUGAAAAAUGAACAGGAAAUAGCGAGAUCGUUAGCGCAACUUAUGGAAGUUACUAAAGGAUGUUCUGAAGCGUUCGAUAAGGAGUGCAUGAAAAUGGGACAAUCCUGGGGAUGUCAAUUGCAGUGCCUAGAUUUAGAAGAACGAUAUGAAAUAAUUCCUAAGGUAAAUCAGCUCUUGUUCGAGGCAUCAGUAAAAAUGUUUGCCAGACGGUUGAAGGGCAAUUCUUCGGACUUAAACGAGAAAUAAAACGUGAUAAACAUGUAUAUGCCAUCACGACGCCACAUCAUGCCUAUGAGCAUGAAGCGAUUACUAAUCAAUUCAAUUUCAUUUCUAUUCAUUCAGUAGUGGUUUUUUAUUAUAAUAAAUCACUUUUUUUUAUUCAGUCUUACUUUAGACAUGGC